AUGUCCAUGAACCAGAACUACCAUAGAGCUACACCAAGCCUUCAUUACACUAACAUCAACCCACAGGUUAUUAAAGCAGAAUAUGCUGUUCGCGGUGAAAUCGCUAUCCGAGCAGAUCAUUAUGCCAAGAAACUUGCUGCUGGCGAAAGACUUCCAUUCAAUAGCAUUAUUGCUUGCAAUAUUGGUAACCCAUUUGCUGUCGGAAAGAAGGCUAUCAAAUUCCCACGUCAAGUCCUUUCUUGUGUUGAGAACCCAGAUCUCCUCCAGAGCAAGGAUAUUCCAGAAGAAGCACGCGCACGUGCUGCUGAAGUCCUUAAGCACUUCCCAGCCGGUAUGGGAGCCUACACCCAUUCUCAAGGUUUCGAUUUUGUUCGUAAUUCUAUUGCUGAGUACAUUAAGCAGAGAGAUGGCGGCGCCCCAUCAAUGCCAGAUAAGAUUUUCAUCACAUCUGGUGCAUCUGCUGCCGUCACAGCCAUCUUAACAAUGAUUAUUUCUAAUCCUAACUGCGGUAUCAUGAUCCCAUUCCCACAAUACCCACUUUACACCGCAGAAAUUGCCCUCAGGAACGGCCGCGUUGUUCCAUACUAUCUUAAGGAGUCUGCUAACUGGUCUCUUGAUAUUAACGAACUUAAUGAGUCAUAUUCCAUUGCACAGAAGGCAGGUGUCAACAUGAAGGCUAUUGUCGUUAUCAACCCAGGUAACCCAACAGGUUCUGUCCUCACCGCUCAAGAGAUGCGCAGUGUUGUUGAGUUUUGCGAGCAAAACAACAUCCUUAUCAUUGCAGAUGAAGUUUACCAGUUCAAUACAUACAACCCGGAGAAACCUUUCAUCUCAUUCAAGCAGAUUGUCACCGAAAUGAAGUCUGGCGUCCAGCUCAUCUCUCUUAACUCAAUCUCCAAGGGAUUCAUGGGCGAGUGCGGUCACCGUGCCGGCUACAUGGAGUUAUUCCAUAUCCCAGAAGAUGUCCAAGCCCAAUUCUAUAAGAUGGCUUCAGUCCAACUCUGCUCUAACACUGUUGGUCAGAUCAUCCUUGAUAUCAUGUGCAGACCACCACAAUCAGAUGAGUGCAAGAAGCAAUACAUUGAAGAAAGAGACGGAGAGUUGAACAAUCUCAAGGUUAAGAGCCAAAGAUUACUUAAAUGCAUCAACAGCUUACCAGGUUUGAACUGCCAGCCAGCAGAUGGUGCAAUGUAUCUCUUCCCAUCCAUUCAUUUACCACUCAAGGCCUUAGAAGCAGCUAAAUCAGUACGUAUUAAUGGCAAGCAUAUUGCUCCUGAUAUGUUCUGGAGUCUUCAGCUCUUGGACGAGACAGGUAUCGUCGUCGUUCCAGGUUCUGGUUUCGGCCAAGUUCCAGGAACACACCACUUUAGAACUACAUUCCUUCCAGAAGCUGAAGAGAUGGAUGCUGUCAUUGACCGCCUCACCAAGUUCCAGAAUCAAUUCAUGGACAAGUACACAUAA